GAUAUGGUAAUGGCUCUUUCGCAAGUCAAAUGAGAUAUUCAACUGGCUCUCAUCCACAAUUUGUAGCUGUUGGUGAUUUCAACAACGACACCCGACUGGAUAUCGUUGUCACCAAUUACCGUGGCUAUGGUGUCAGUGUCCUUAUUGGUUAUGGUGAUGGCUCUUUUCAAAAUCAAACGAUAUACGCAACUGGCGCUUAUCCAGUGUCUGUAGCUGUUGGUGAUUUCAACAACGACGCCUGGUUGGAUAUCGUUGUCAUUAAUGUGUGGAGUAAUGAUGUCAGUGUCCUUCUUGGAUAUGGUAAUGGCUCUUUCGCAAGUCAAAUGAGAUAUUCAACUGGUCCUAAUCCACAAUCUGUAGCUGUUGGUGAUUUCAAUAAAGACUUCCAACUGGAUAUCGUUAUCGCCGAAUGGGGUAGCAAUGAUAUCAGUAUCCUUCUUGGAUAUGGUAAUGGCUCUUUUGAAAAUCCAAUGAUAUAUUCAACUGGCUCUUAUCCAUGGUCUGUGGCUGUUGGUGAUUUCAACAACGACACCCGACUGGAUAUUAUUGUUGCCAAUUAUGGUAGCAAUAAUGUCAGUGUAUUACUGCAAUAUAGUGUAGGAACACUUGUAAACACAAUGACCUACGCAUCUGGCGGAGGUUCGCGCCUUCGAUAUAUUGUCGUUCGAGAUGUGAAUAAUGAUUCUCGACUGGAUAUCAUUGUUGCUAAUUACGGCACUAGUAACGUAGGUGUUCUUCUUGGAAAUGAAAAUGGUACUUUUGGAAGCCAAACGAUGCUCAGUACUAACCCAAAUUCUCAACCCUCGUGUGUCGCCAUUGGUGAUUUCAAUGGUGACAAUCUACUAGAUAUUGUCGAGGCUAAUUAUGGCACUAAGAAUGUAGAUGUGCUAUUUGGAAACGGGGACGGGACAUUCGAAAUCCAAACGAGUGACGAAAUUGAUAUUAGUUUCACUCCAUCUGUUGUCGCUUCCGGUGAUUUCAAUAAUGACGGACAAUCGGAAAUUAUUGUCGCAUAUGAUGACAGUGAUAAUGUGGACAUUUUUGUUUCGUAUGACAUUGGAUCGUUUGCAAAUCAAGUAACAUAUUCAACUGGCGAUGGUCCAUGCUCUGUAGCUGUGGGUGAUUUCAACAACGACGCCCGACCAGACAUUGUUGUUGCUAAUUGGGGUAGCAAUAGUGUUAGUAUCCUUCUUGGAUAUGGUAAUGGCUCUUUCUCAAAUCAAAUGAGAUAUUCAACUGGCUCUAAUCCAUACUCUGUAGCUGUUGGUGAUUUCAACAGCGACACCCGACUGGACAUUGUUAUUGCCAAUUGGAAUGAGAAUCAUGUCAGUAUCCUUCUUGGAUAUGGUAAUGGCUCUUUUAAAAAUCAAAUGAUAUAUUCAACUGGUAUUGGGCCACAAUCUGUAGUGGUUGGUGAUUUCAACAACGAUGCCUGGUUGGAUAUCGCUGUCGUCAAUGUAUGGAGUGAUGAUGUCAGUGUCCUUCUUGGAUAUGGUAAUGGUUCUUUUGCAAAUCAAAUGAGAUAUUCAACUGGCUCUAAUCCAUACUCUAUAGCUGUUGGUGAUUUCAACAAUGACACUCAACUAGAUAUUGUUGUUGCCAAUUCGAGAAGUUAUGAUAUCAGUAUUCUUCUUGGAUAUGGUAAUGGCUCUUUCGCAAGUCAAAUGAGAUACGCAAGUGGCUCUAAUCCAUACUCUAUAGCUGUUGGUGAUUUCAAUAACGACACCCGACUGGAUAUCGUUAUUGCCAAUUGGGAUGAGAAUCAUGUCAGUGUCCUUCUUGGAUAUGGUAAUGGCUCUUUUGCAAAUCAAAUGAUGUAUUCAACUGGCAUUGGGCCACAAUCUCUAGCUGUUGGUGAUUUCAACAACGAUACCCGACUGGAUAUCAUUGUUGCCAGUUCUGGAAGUGAUAAUGUCAGUGUCCUUCUUGGAUAUGGUAACGGCUCUUUUGCAAAUCAAAUAACAUAUUCAGCUGGCUUUAAUCCAUACUCUAUAGCUGUUGGUGAUUUCAACAAUGACACCCGACUAGAUAUCGUUAUUACCAAUUAUGCAACAACACUUACAACUGGUGAUGGUUCUCAACCACGAUCAUUUGCCAUUGGUGACUUUAACAAUGAUGUUCGAAUGGAUAUUGCCAUUGCUUAUUCGGGAACUCAUACUAUUGGUAUUUAUCUCGGAUACGGUAAUAUCUCUUUUGCAAAUCAAGUAUUGUAUUCAACUGGUCCAUAUUCAUCGCCAUAUUCUAUAGCUGCUGGUGACUUCAAUAACGAUACUCAACUGGAUAUCGUCGUCGCCAAUUACGGUUCUGACAAUGUGGGUAUUUUCCUCGGAUAUGGCAAUGGAUCCUUUACAAGUCAAAUGAUAUAUUCAGCGGGCUUUAGUUCUGAGCCAUACUUUGUAGCUAUCGGUGAUUUUAACAACGAUUUCAUACUAGACUUUAUCGUUGCUAAUUAUGCAACCAAUAUGUUGGGUGUGUUUCUUGGAUAUGGCAAUGGCACAUUUACAAGUCUUAUUCCAUUGUCGUUGGACUAUGGGUCCCAUCCAUUCUUUGUUCUCGUUGGCGAUUUUAAUAGUGACAAUAAGCUGGAUUUGGCAGUGGCGAAUGAAGGCACUGACAACUUAAAUAUUCUGUUACAGACUUGUUAAUUUUUGUACCGCAUACAUUAUCUUUUUUUUUUAUUAUUAACUUGAUGUAUAUUAUCACAUAAAGUGCAAUUAUUCUUCAAAUAUGCAAAUGUGUUGCUUAAGUAUGAAAGAUGCAAUUAUUAAAAUAUGAAAUACGAUAGUGUUGUUGGAAAAGUACACAAAAAAAUUUAUGUAUUCAGAUAUCUGACAGUACUUAGUAUACUAUGAAAACCCGUCACCAGGAAAUUCUUCGAAGGUGAAAGUGAAUAUGAUUAGACAUUAUCGGUUUCAUUCUUGUUUGACAACAAGAAGUCAUGGGAAAACUGAAACUUAUCAAGAUCGAAUAGAAUUCAACAAAGACAAAAAAUUGGAUUGCGACUGAGAAUAUGAGUUUAGCAUAAAGUCCUGAGAAUGACAAAAAUAACUUUCAAUUCUACCUGUCUACAGUUAUGACAUAUACACAAAUUUUUAUUGAAUAUCAGCGUUGAUAUGAUUCAAAUAGUACGAAUGAUUAGUAGAAUGAGGAUUGUGAAAGUAGAAUAGGACUACACUGUAAAAAAAAUUCGUAGAAUAAUAAACCCAAAAAGGGUUG